AUGUCUCUUCUUCUUCUUCUUCUAGUAAUAUCUGUAAUUAUUGUAUGCCUGAUCACAUCCACCAGCCAUGCACAACUCAACACCGAUUUCACCUUCAACGGUUUCCAAUCCGCGAACCUGAACUUGGGCGGUGUAGCCGAGAUCAAUAACAAUGAUGGAAUCCUGUUCCUAACCAACCGCACACAGCAGGAAAGUAGCUACGCGUUUUACCCGAACCCGAUCAUCUUCAAGAACUCAACAAAUGACUCUGCCAUCUCCUUCUCCACUUCCUUUGUUUUUGGUAUUAUACCGGAUAACCAAACCGGUGGCCACGGACUCUGCUUCGUCAUCGCUCCUCAACCUGGCUUACCAGGGGCAAUUGCAAACAAUUACAUCGGCCUUUUCAACAAGUCGACUAUGAACCCGAACCGCACUGACCACAUAUUAGCCGUCGAGUUUGACACAGUACAGAGCCCUGAAUUUGAGGAUAUGGAUAACAAUCAUGUUGGCAUCGAUAUAGACAGUCUGGAAUCUGUAGUUAACAAUUCCGCGGGGUAUUACUUGGACAGCAACGGCACAUUUCAGAACCUGAGCUUGAUUAGCUAUGAAUCUAGGCGGGUUUGGAUUGAAUAUGAUGUUGUCAAGAAACAAAUGAACGUAACUGUGGCCCCAAUCAAUAUGAAAAAACCGUCUUUACCGCUUGUGAAUCUAACUAAAGACCUGUCUCAGUACAUAAAUCCCAUUAUGUAUGUCGGGUUCUCAUCAUCAACGGGUACGCUUUUCAACCGCCAUUAUUUGUUAGGUUGGAGCUUCAAAGUGAAUGGCCAAGCUAACGAGCUUGAUAUCUCCAAGCUUCCAAAGACCCCUACUAAUAAUCCGAAAAGAAAGUUUUUGACAAUCGGGAUGCCUUUGAUUUUGGGUUUUGUUCUAUUAAUAUCGAUUAUAGUACCAGCUAUGGUUUACUAUUUUAAAAGAAAGAAAAAGUAUGCGGAGGAACUGGAGGACUGGGAGCUCGAAUAUGGGCCUCAUCGAUUCAAAUACAAAGAUCUAUAUAUUGCCACUAAUGGAUUUAGUGACAAAGAAUUGUUGGGUACUGGGGGAUUUGGCCAAGUAUAUAGAGGGAUACUACCAAGUUCUAAAAUGGAGGUUGCCGUGAAGAGAAUGUCCCAAGAAUCGUGGCAAGGUAUGAGAGAAUUCGUGGCAGAAAUCGUGAGCAUGGGUCGUCUUCGCCACCGUAAUUUGGUCCAACUCAUCGGAUAUUGUCGACGUAAAAAAGAGCUAUUAUUGGUGUAUGAGUAUAUGUCUGGAGGAAGUUUAGAGAAGUUACUUUAUAACAUAUCAGGGCCUACUUUAAAUUGGAGCCAACGUUUCACGAUCAUUAAGGGAGUCGCGUCAGGUCUUUUCUAUCUACAUGAAGGAUGGGAACAAGUUGUUAUCCACAGAGACGUUAAGGCUAGUAAUGUCUUAUUAGACAAUGAAUUAAAUGGUAAAUUGGGUGAUUUUGGGUUGGCCCGAUUACAUGACCACGGAUCUGAUCCUCAUACCACCCAAGUAGUUGGUACAUUGGGUUAUCUUGCCCCUGAACAGAUGUGGACUAGAAAGGUGACUGAAGCUACUGAUGUGUUUGCUUUCGGGGCAUUUUUGUUGGAAGUUGUUUGUGGAAAGAGACCCAUUGAAAUGAAACAAGAGCGGUUCAUUUUGAUUGAAUGGGUGUUCCGGUUUUGGUUAAAGGGCUUGAUUUUUAAUGCGGUUGAUCCAAAUUUGGAUGGUGAAUUUGAUUUUGAGGAAGUGGAAUUGGUAAUAAAACUUGGAUUGCUUUGCUCCAAUAUGAACCCCUCGGCCAGGCCUACAAUGAGACAAGUGGUGGAGUAUUUAGAAAGAGAUGUCAUCAUGCCAGAACUCUCAUCUUUUGGGAUAACGAUUUCAUCUGUGACCUUUCCUCAUAGGGAAGGAAUCAAUGAUGAUUUGUAUCCAUCAACUUCAUCUGUCAAUCCAACAUAUGAUGCAUCAAUUAUGGUGGAAUCACAACUCUCUGGAGGCCGAUAAAUAAUGAUUCCUUU